UCGCGUACUCGCGUCGUGUCGUGUAUUUGGCUACAGAGCCUUCGUUCUCUCAAUCUCUCUUGUGCCUGUCGAAGUCCAAUCCAAGGGGGGGAAAAAUGAGCACGAACCUGGGAGGAGCCCCUUGUUGCUGCUUCCGCUUGUCCCAGUUGCAGCCCGCCGCCGUUAGACUCCGGUUGCCGCCUGCUCGCGCCACAGACACUUCGGCUUCCCAGUCGCCGGCGCGCCUGAGGGCGGUGCUGGAGCAGGUGGACCAGGCGCUAAGCAAGGGGAACGACGAGGCUGCGCUCUCCCUUGUGCGCAGUUCGCAGGGGGUUGACGGCGGACUUCGGGCUUUUGGCGCCGCCAGGCAGGUACCUCAACGACUUUAUACAUUGGAUGAGCUUAAACUGAAUGGGAUUGAUACUUCUGCUUUCCUAUCGCCCGUGGAUCUGACACUAGGAUCAAUUGAGAGAAAUAUCCAAAUUGCUGCAAUUCUUGGAGGGCUUUCUGUAUCUGCUGCAUUAGAGCUUUCUCAACUCCAAAUCCUGUUUCUCAUACUAGGUCUACUAUCUUUGUGGUCCGUGGACUUUGUAUAUUUUGGUGGUGGGGUGAGAAACUUGGUUCUUGAUACAAUUGGUCACUAUCUCAGCCAGAAGUAUCACAACAGAGUUGUUCAGCAUGAAGCUGGUCACUUCUUGAUAGCAUACUUGCUUGGAGUGCUUCCAAAAGGAUAUACAAUUACAAGCUUGGAUACACUUAUCAAUCAAGGAUCGCUUAACGUGCAAGCUGGAACAGCUUUUGUGGACUAUGAGUUCCUUGGAGAGAUCAAUACAGGCAAGCUAUCUGCAACGAUGGUGAACAAGUUCUCGUGUAUAGCACUAGCUGGAGUCGCAACAGAGUAUCUUCUGUACGGACUUGCAGAAGGAGGAUUAGCUGACAUCAAUAAGCUUGAUGGAUUGCUCAAGAGUUUGGGUUUCACCCAAAAGAAAGCUGAUUCACAGGUGAGGUGGGCUGUGCUGAACACUGUCCUCAUACUGCGUCGCCAUGAAAAAGCUAGAUCGCAGCUUGCAGAGGCAAUGUCUACAGGCAAGUCAGUGGGCUCUUGCAUCCAAGUCAUAGAAGAGUGUAUAAGCACUGACGAUAUUUAACGCGGAUGAAGUUAACAGUUCACACUAAUGUUCCUAUUAUCAACAACAGAUCAAGGGUAAGCAAGGAAUGUAUUCUACAUGUUAGUGUGUUUGGAUAUGCUUAAAAUCAGAUUCCAGGUGGAAUUAGGCGAGAAUCCCACCCAAACGUCUCGAUUAGUUUUUUAUUCUCCUGACUGCAAUGCUGAGAAAAUCAUGGUUUGCACUAAGCCCACAGGCUUGUUUCUUCCACCGCGAGGCUUCUUUUCAUCGACAUCCCUUGUCCGGAGGCCCCUGAGCCGCUGCCUGCUACUCUGCUAGCUCCCUGCUCGCUCUGCCAGGCCGAACGCCUCCACUGCACCACCCGCUCUUGAGUGUACGAUGAAACUGGAUCGGAUACAUACAGAUAUCAGUGAACUUGCAUUCUAUCCCAUAUAUUUUCUUGGAUCUCGGACACAGCUACGGAUAUCGAUAUCUAUCACAUAUACAUGUAAAAAAAACUGAUUUUGAGUAUUCGGAUUUAAAUACGGUACGAAUAUUUUUUGUGACAUACAGUACGGAUAUUAAAUAUUUAGAUUUCGA